AACACUUAAAGUGAGAAACCGGUUAAAAAGCAGCACUAGUGUGCUAUUGUUAUGUUUGUAUCAUUGGGGGAGGAUCAGGCUGAUGAAAAGAAAAUGGCUGCCGGGUUUAACUGGUUCCUUGUACUGAGCUCUGUAUUUCUAUGCAACCUCGUCAAAACAUUGCUGCCGUCCAUUUCUUCAUUUCUGUCAAAGGUCUUCCAGAAAGAUGCUGAUCAGGAGAUGGAGAUGAGGACGGAGAUCCAAAACAUGAAGAUGGAGCUGUCCACCAUCAGUAUGAUGGACGAGUUUGCCAGAUACGCUAGACUGGAACGCAGGAUCAACAAGAUGACCGAUCAACUGAAGACUCUUGUCAAAUCAAGAACUGCACAGCAGGCCAAAAUGAAAUGGAUUGUAAAUAUUGUAUUUUACAUUCUUCAGGCAGCCCUCAUGAUUUCACUCAUACUGAAGUAUUAUGCAGAUCCGGUCACAGUGGUGCCCAGUAAAUGGAUCGCUCCACUGGAGAGACUAGUAGCCUUUCCUUCUGGAAUUGCAGGUGGUGUUGGAAUCACAUGCUGGCUAGUUGUCUGCAACAAGGUUGUUGCCAUCAUUCUACAUGCUGUCAGUUAAUCUAACAGUGUUAUAUAGACAAUCGUGCAGUCACUGAAUUUUCCAUACUGGUUUGUUAAUUCUCUUGCUAAAAUCCACAGUCUAUGUUUUGUACAUCUUGUUCAUGAAUGGGCCAAACUGAUUGGUCUGUGUUUGUUUGUUUUUAUUUACCAUUCCGUUCAGUGGUUUAAGUCUGCAAUGAAAUGAUUUUAGCUUUCAUUGAUUACAGAUUCUUCUUUAAUGACAUUUAAAGGUUUUAGUUGCCUUUAGUCAGUAAAUGCUGAUAAGUAAACAUUCCUACAAAUUGCAAAACACUUUGUUGUAACUUCAAGCAAAGCAAAAGAUUGUCUAUUUAUUGCUUGUACCAUAAUUGUAUUUUUUGUCAGUGUUACAAGUGUAUUUAUUGUUUUUUUUUGUUUGUUUGUUUUUUUUCCCCAAAGAAGAAUGUCCAUGCAUUAAUAAACAUGCAUAUGAAAAGGCG